AUGAACACCCUCUUCCUAGGACUCCCAUUUUUCAUGCUGGUGGUCCGCACUGAUGGGUGCCAGUGUCAGUUGCCAGCCCUCAGGAUGGAGGCCUUUGAGAGAAGGGGAGACAUCCUCAUUGGAGGGCUUUUCCCACUGCAUCACCAAACAUCAGGCGAUGCUGUGGCCAUCACCUUCAUGAUGCCACCUAAGCCCACCUACUGUCACAUGUCAAUGUGGCACCAACAGCCCCUCCAGAAGGAUCUAUCUUAUACUGCUGGAACUGUCAACGGAAGACGUCCCUCGAGCUUGGUGUUUUGGUUUUACAAGUUCAUCCAAACCAUGGUCUUUGCCAUCGAAGAGAUUAACCAGGAUUCAAGCCUAUUGCCCAACAUCACUCUCGGCUUCCAGAUCUUCGAUUCUUGCCAGAUUCUUUCAAGAGCCCUUUUGGGUGCCACACAGUUUAUUGCGGGUGGUCAAAACCCCACCCCCAACUUUCACUGCGGCCACACCCCGCCUCAAGCUGGUCUUAUAGGAGAGGCAGGCAUAACCGAAUCCAGGACGAUAGCUAGGUGGCUGGAUCUCUAUAAAUACCCCCAGAUUAGUUACUUUGCCACGGGCCCGGUGGCUGACGACGGCUCUCAGUUCCGCUCUUUCUUCCGCACCAUCCCCAGCAACAGGCUGCAGGCCCUUGGCCUGGCUCGGCUGGUGACCCACUUUGCCUGGACGUGGCUGCUCGACAAACCACCGGGCGUGGGCAACGUCGAGAGAGUCGCCAGAGAGGUUGCAGGAUCCAAGAGCCAGGUCAUUGUCACCUUCUGCGGGUCCGAGGCCCAGCCUCUGCUGCUCCUGCUGCACAGCCAGGGGGUGACGGAGAAGGUGUGGCUCUGCUCCGAAGCCAUGAGCCACAUCACCUUCUACAGGAACCAGCAGGCCUUGCUGAUGCUCAGCGGCUCGCUGGCCAUGUCCGCUCGCAAGCAGCCAGUCCCCGGCCUGAGGGACUUCAUAGUCCGGCUCCACCCUUCCACUUCGCCAGAAGACAUCUUCAUCCAGGAGUUCUGGGGCGAAGUCUUCCAUUGCUGGUGGGACACGAGCUCUGAGGAAGGAGGAAACAAUACCAGUCACUCCUGCACAGGGAAGGAGAACUUGGGGGACGGCAAGAACGCCUUUGUCAGCAUGAUGGGGUUCGGCUUGACCUUCAACAUUCACAACGCGGUCUAUGCCAUCGCCCACGCCCUGCACGACAUGGCGCAAGAGGAGCCAAGGGGCCUGAAGAGGACCAAAGGAGGAGUUCCUGAGAUCGAGCCCUGGAAGUUGCUUCACUACUUGAGGAAAGUCCGUUUCAAGAACAAGGUGGGCGAGGAAGUCUCCUUUGACCAGCACGGUGACCCCCCUGCCCUCUUUGAUGUCCUCAACACGCGCUUCCCUUCCAUGAAGCAAUUCCAAGCUGUGCCAGUGGGGCAGAUUGCGUUCAGCCCCUCACAAGGCGAGGAACUGAAGGUGGAUGACAGCGCCAUCAUGUGGACAGGAGGGAAUACGCAGGUCCCUGUCUCAGUCUGUACACCGAGUUGCCCCAUGGGCCACCACAAAACCCAGCGCUCAGAUAUGGCUACUUGUUGCUUUGAAUGUGUGCCGUGUGCAAGCGGGGAAAUUUCAAACCAGACCGAUUCUUCCGCCUGCUCAAGGUGCCCCGAAGACCAGUGGCCUGAUGCAGGGCAGACACAAUGUGUACCCAAGAGGGAGCUUUUUCUCCAUUUCCACGAGCCUCUGGGGGCCGGUCUGGCCAGUGCCUCCAUCUGCGGCUCCCUCUUGCCCGUCUUGAUCCUCGGACUCUUCGUCAUUCACCGGGGGACCCCUCUGGUCCGGGCCAACAGCCGGGAGCUCAGCUACCUCCUGCUGGCGGGGCUGGUGCUCAGUUUCCUCUGCUGCCUGCCGUUCCUCGGGCGGCCCACGCCUCGGUCCUGCUUGUGGCGCCAAGCUGCCUUUGGGCUGACCUUUGCCCUCUGCCUCUCCUGCAUCCUGGCCAAGACGGCGAUGGUGGUGGCAGCCUUCCGGGCCACCAGCCCCGGCGGCCCCGCGAAGCUGUGGCUCGCUUCCAGGACGCCCCGUGCCGUGGUCCUGCUGGGCUGCCUGCCCCAGCUUCUGCUGUGCGCCACGUGGCUGGCCACCUCGCCUCCCUCCCCUGGGAGAGAUGCUCACUCCAUCCCUCGCGCCAUAUCCCUCUUCUGCGACGAAGGCUCUCCCAGUGCAUUCUGGGGCAUGCUGGCUUACCUGAGCCUGCUGGCGGCGCUUAGCUUAGCCGGGGCCUUCCUGGCGCGGAAUCUCCCUGAUGCCUUCAAUGAGGCCUGGCUCAUCUGUUUCAGCUUGUUGGGGUGCCUUGGGGUGUGGCUGGCCUUCGUCCCCGCUUACCUCACUUCAAGAGCAUGGUACACAGCUGCCACAGAGGCCUUCGCCAUCCUAGCCUCCAGCUCAGCCUUGCUCUGCGGGAUGUUUUUCCCCAAGUGCCGCAUCUUGUUGUGGCACCCCGAGCUGAACACCAGGAGGUUCCUCAUGAGAAGGGAAACGCACGCCAGCGCCUAA